AUGGUGAAAUCUCGCACACUAUUCUUUCUCUCCCUCUUGGGAGGUCUCUCCUCCGCUGAUAUUGUUGAUCGCGAUCUCUUGGAAUAUUUCCCAUCUCCGUCCGGCACUUACAUCCCUCCCAAGGAUCCUAGUAUUAGAACAUUGUUAGAUGUUGUCAAGUCAAGAGACGACCUAAGUAUACUGGCGGAAGUGCUAAGUGAAUGCGCUGGGUUCAGUGAAGCUUUCGAUGCGGCUGCUUCUUGGUCUUACACCUUCUUCGCUCCUUCGAACACGGCUUUCAAAAACACGGGAGCAUACUUCUCUACAUUUGCUGCUACCCCAAAGGGCAAAUGGUGGCUUGGAAAUCUCCUCCAGCACCAUUACGUGCCGAAUUCUAAACUCAUGGUCAAAAAUUUCAACACCACGUACACACGCUUCCAGACCGGGACUUUUCUAUUUGUUGGAGCCCAGAUUGUUGACGGGACGCUUGUUCUGAACAAAGUUGCCACCGCCACUGAAGCUGAUAUUCCAGCGACGAAUGUAAGGCAAUAA